AUGAGCACAUGUCGAUGGUGUACACCUAGUGGUUCUGACACCACUGAGUUCCUGAAGAGCUAUGCUUCUAAACGGCUGUCCCCGGAAGAUCUUGAAGGAUCCAAUGAUGAUCUCUGUUACUGCCUGGAGUGUGUGGUUGAAUACCACAAAGCAAGGGAAAAAUUGCCAAAGUUGCAUGAGGUCUUGUGGGAGUUGGAAACCUCCCGUCUUGUUGCUCACAUUGAGAAAUCCAUGCAAGAAGAAGCUGGAGAAGAUGAUGAAUUGUUUAUAGUGGAUGAGAAUGGAGAGACACAGCUGUCUGGCUAUGUUGGCCCGGAUUUUGAGAAUAACCUGCGAGUGCCCCUUCUAGAAAUACUGAAAUAUCCGUAUCUGCUGCUGCACGAGAAAGUCAGUGAGCUCUGUGUAGAAGUGCUCUGUAGAAUGGAACAAAGUCAGAGCUCCUUUCAGGUCUUUGAGAAAUAUCCAGGAAUUUAUCUCUUUUUGGUACACCCGAAUGAAGUGAUUCGUCGAUGGGCCAUCCUAACAGCAAGGAAUUUAGGGAAGGUUGACAGGGAUGAUUACUAUGACUUGCAGGAGGUGCUGACUUGCUUGUUCAAAGUUAUUGAGUUGGGGCUUUUUGAGAGUCCAGAUAUUUACAGCUCUUCAAUGAUUGAAAAGGGUAAACUCAUCCUUCUGCCAUCUCAUUUAUAUGAUACUGCUAACCACAAGAACUAUUGGCUAGGGAUUUGUAUGUUGCUAACAGUGCUGGAAGAACAAGCUAUGGACUCCUUGUUACUGGGCCCAGACAAACAAAAUGAUUUCAUGCAGUCUAUACUUCACACCAUGGAGAAAGAAGCAGCUGAUGAGUCUACUGACCCCUUCUGGCCAGCGCUGCAUUGUUUCAUGGUUAUUUUGGAUCAGCUCGGAUCUAAAGUAUGGGGUCAGCUUAUUGAUCCUGUCCAAGCCUUUCAAACCAUUAUCAACAGUGUGAGCUACAACAAUGAAAUACAAAAUAUACGCAGUAGCUUUAAGAGGACAAAAUCUGAACCAGAGUCAGACUACAAUGAUGACAUGGUUACUUGCAGUCAGAUUGUGUAUAAUUACAACACAGAAAAGCCUCAAAAGGAUACUGGAUGGAAGACUGCCAUUUGUCCAGACUACUGCCCCAACAUGUAUGAAGAUAUGCAAACACUGGCUAACGUGCUUCAGUCUGAUAUUGGCAGAGAUAUGCGUGUCCAUCACAGCACGUUUCUGUGGUUCAUUCCUUUUGUUCAGUCGCUUAUGGAUCUCAAGGACUUGGGUGUAGCAUAUAUAGUAGAGGUCAUCCACUACCUCUGCUCAGAAAUCAAAGAUAUUCUCAAUGAAAGAAUCCAGCAGUGUGACAAAAUCUCUGAAUUUUUUCUCCUGAUCUUGGUGUCGAUUAUUGAAUUACACAGAAAUAAAAAAUGCCUGCAUUUGCUAUGGAUAAGCUCCCAAGAAUGGGUGGAAGCAGUGGUGAGAUGCGCUAAGCUUCCAGCUAUAGCAUUUACACGGUGCACUGAAAAAGCAUCAGGACACUGUGCGAGAGGUUCAUCAGCAGUAUCUUUACAAGCUUCUAACUCUGUGCAGCAUGCCUGUGUGCAGUUGAUACGCAGCCUUCUUAAAGAAGGCUAUCAAAUUGGGCAGCAAGCUCUUUGCAAGCAAUACCUAGACAAACUCAAUCUUCUUCUGCGAGGAAGUCUAUCUUUAGGUUGGCAGCUGAACAUCCAGGAAACCCAGGAAUUACAAGUGUGUUUAAAGCAAGUUAUAAGAAGUAUAAGGGACAGAACAUUGAAUAACCCUCUGCCUACAGGAAACAAUGGAAACUCUACAAUUUUGCCUACCACUUCUAUAAAACAAGAGAAGAGUGCACGUGGCGAUGGAUGUAAGAUGAGUGUACAAGGCAGAGAUGACCUUUGUUCACCAUUUGCUGUCACAUUGAAGGAAGGUGGAGAUGAAGAUUGUCAAGAGAACCCUUCCCUUAGAAGAAAGAGUGCCUGCGAAGAGGAAUGUAGAGAUGCAUCUAAAAGUUCAAGAUCUUGGACAUCCACAGGCCUCUUGAUGAAUAUUAAAAAGGAACAUAAUGACACGACAACUCAGGAAUAUGUCUUCCCACAGAACUCUUUGGCAACAAAAGUACGUGGGAAAGUUCAGAAAAAUAGGAACAAUGAUCUUGCGGCAGGGAAAUGUGAUACAGAUAAUCAGUGCUUUAAUCCAAAUACCCAGUGUUCAGAUUUCAGAAGAGUUGGAGAGUUGGAAAACAAAUGUGAAGGAGGACCGAUAACACCAAUGUGCCUGGCUCGUAUUGGUUCUCCAGAACAUAUUUACAGCUCAGAUAUAAAGGAGAGCAAUAUGUCUCCCAGUUCCUCUUCAAAGUUUAAAGUAGAUGCGCAUAGACUCAUGAAUUUGAAAAACAAGGUACAGAAAACUGAAUGGCCCUCAAAAGUAUCGCAGCUAGCAAAGCCAUGCGACUUGAAAAACUGCAGUUUAGCAGCAAGUGCUUCAAAAGCAGAGGCAGAGCAAUGUAAAUUUUGCACUGGCUAUCUAUGUACAAGCAAAGAUUGUCAUAAACAUCAGGGAGUGAAUACUGUGUGUGAAAAUGAAAUCUCUGUUGAUACUCCAUCUUCAAGGAGUUGUGAAAGUACACAGGAGAAAAGUGUCAACAGUGCUUUUCUAUCCAGACUGGUCCCCGCUAAACAGGUAUCAAAAGAAACACCGCUAGAUUGCUCUGGCUCCUCUAAAAACGAACCUGGUAUGCAGGAAAAUGAAGAUGAUGGUGUUUUGCUUUCAGGGAUUAGUGACACCUUACUGAAAAAAGUAUCCAUGGAAGAAAAACCAAAUUCGGUGUUGAAGUCUGUGUUUAAGAAAGACACUGACAUGCAAAUUUCAGACCGGGAACAGCCUAAUUUAAAUGACUUGGUUAAAUAUGACUGUAAAGAUCAAAUUUCAAAGACACUCUGUGUGGAUAAAACUUCAGCAAAUGGUGGUGUUCCAUCUAGCUCUGAAAACAAGAGGGAUGUAUCCAACCCUGCUUCUCAGAUCAGGCCACUGUCAGUGAAGUGUGAAUUACGUGACAGGUUGUUCAGAUUCUCAGAAUAUUUCAAAAGGGAAAACAAAUCAAUGGGGAAGAAAGAGGAGGAUUUUGUGAAUACAGUUUCUGAAGAUAAUACUUUAACAGACUCCCAGGUUGAUAGAGAACUCAGUAAAUUAUCUUUAGCUGCGUAUGCCAAAAGUGUCAAUUUCCCCUUUGAGUCAAGCCAAGAAAGCUCAGUACAUCAUAAUGUAUGUGAUAUUAAAAGGAAAGUGAAAGGUGCUGUAAGAUCUUCCAAUGAUGGCCCAAGUACCAAGUCUCCCUGUGAUGCAGAUUGCCUUGACAAUCAAGUCAUUAUAAUUUCAGACUCUUCCGAUGAAGAAAAAGGUGUGUCUGACAAGGAGGAGACAAAAAAAAAGAAUGAAAAUGUGUGUCCUGAAAAGCAGCCUUCAACUUCCAGCUGCAUUUCUGAUACCAAAAUAGAAUCGGAGACGCCAAGCUCUCCCUUGCCCCUGGAAGACUGUGAGUCUCAGUACUUCGAAUUUGAAACAGAUGUUGAUGUCUUUUCAGUUUGGCAAGAUACUCAAGCGUAUAGUAUGGAAGCAACUCAAGAGUAUAAACAAGAUCAUGUUUCAGCGUCGGUUGAUAGUAAUUCACAUGGCUCGCUGAACGAUCACACAAACGAAUGGGGUUAUGAUGUGGAUUACAUAAGUGAUGAUAUCAUGGAGGAAGAAGCAAACUUGAUAGAAAAGCAGAUAGAAAAUAUUUCUCAUCAGAAAGAAGCUGAUAAUACAAAAGAAGUAACUAAUUCAACAUUGCAAGAAUCUAUUAGUAAGGGAAAUGCAAAAGAUCAACUGGAGGAUUUUGCAGACAAAGGUACUGUUGCUAAAGACUUCACCCUGGACUCAAAAUCGACUGAACCCAGAGCAUCUACAUCUAACAUCUCAUUAGCUUCAAAGUUGGCCCUUAAGAAAAAUAGCGCGAGCCCACGGAAGAAUAUAGCAAAAUCUAAGGUAGCAAGGACGCUUCAAAGAAGUCCUAAAAAACCUCCUGUUCUUAAAACAGUACAAAAUAAAAUACUGCUUCAAAGUACGUUAAAAAAUUCUCAACCUGGCAGGUCAAUGCCUGCUGUGGUUCCUCCAAGGAAAGUUCGGCAGUGUCCUGUACCAACGUUAACUGUAGAAAAACUUGGUCUCAAGAAGGCACCCCGCAAAGCGUUUGAAUUAUCCCAGCGCUCUUUAGAGAGUCUAGCUCAAUUGCGCAGCUAUGGUAAAGCUGCAGGGAGAGUUGGAGCUGCACAGAAACAGAAGACUAAACUAAUUGCUCCUCAGAGUUUGUCUAUAAAACAUAAUAAAAAAUUGCUAGCCUGCCAAGACCUUCAGUUUUUAAGGCAGACAAGGCCCAAAAAAAGUGUCAGAGUGAAAAAUCUUGCAGGAAGUUCUGAGAGUAGAAACAAAAAAGUUAGCAAAGUGGAUGCAAAAUCUAUGAAACAAAAGCCUAAAAGUUUUGAACUGGCAUCUGUUGAAGGAUCUGUUGAAAACCAAAGAGAGAAAAAAAGGGAGGAGACUGUUUGUCCCUCUGCCAGUGAGAGAAAAUUUGAAAGCCUCUCUGUGGAGGAGGAGACCUGUGUCUCUAAAAUGCCUGGUUCUUCAGAGACAAACAGAAAAUCAGAGGAUGACAGUAUGAUGGUUCCUCCUGUAGCUAUGGAUUCAAGUCUGCCUUCCACUGCACUUGUUGGCGAUGAUAAAGAUGAACCUUCAGGAGAAGGUUGCAUUCUCCAACCUGAGUGUGAGAAGACAACUUCAAAAGAAAAUGGGUGUAAAUCAGAUGAAAACAGUGAAGAUGAUGAUGAUCUGUUUUUAACUCAGUUAGAUCCUGUGGAUAUGGAAUUAUGUUCCGAGGAGGAAAGUGUUCAAGAUACUGCUAUAGCUAGUAAAAAAGAGGAAGUGGAUACUGCUGAAAGCCUUCAGAAGAAUGAAUCCUUGACUACUGUGAAAUGUAAGUACAAAGACUGUAUGGAAAAAGUGGAAAAUCCGGGAGAGUACUGUAGAAAGCAUUCAGCCACCAGUUCAGAAGCAGAUCACUUGUUUGCCAAACCUUCUCUCCUGCCACCUUCUAAAACAAGAAAGCCUUCCACUACUAAAAUUUUCAGCUCAGCAAGUUCUUCACGGAAUGCAGCCUUCAGCAAGGAUCUCGAAGAUGUUAAAAAGCUGCCACCAGCUUCAAAAACUAAAGUGAAUCCAGCGAAACUGGCAGUGGUCAGGCCACCGAAUGCAAAGGCUGUACCAGUAGGAAAUCAAACAUGCAAGUCUCCAAGUUUCAGUAAUGUACCUCAACCCCAUAUUUCUAACAAUGUUCUCCAGUCACAAAAUAGACAAAAUGACAAUGCUUCAAAUAUUUCCAGAAGGCCUGCCCGAGAAGCAUAUUCUUCCUUUCUCGGUGCUUCGCAGCGUGAUCAUAGUAUUUUUGUUAAUGAAGUCCUUAAGUGGACGUACGAAAUGUUUGCAAACUCCAGCCAGUUUGGACCUCCAAGUAAUCUCCUGCAGUCUGUAGUAGCCUCUGUUCCUGUCCAAUUCCAGGGAUACAAUGACUAUUUUAAUACAUUUUUUCCCUUGAUGAUGCUAAAUGCCUUUGAAACACUGGCUCAAGAGUGGAUAGAAAAUCAGAGAGUAAGAGAGAAGAGUUACUACUUCUACUUACAGAACUUCUGUGCUGACUUAAAUACAGCAGAUUUUACAGCUCAUUUUCGAGAAAGUGAUUUGGCAAGGCAGCUUCAUCCAAAGGAGGAUGACUUGAUCUUUUUGGUGGUCCAAAAGAAAAAAGACACCUUUAGGGAAGAAAGUGAGAUGGAGAACCAUAUAGUGAAUCAUGUUGGUCUUGUGACACGAUUUUCUCGUGCAACUGGCUGUUUAACUAGACAAAAGGAGCAGCAUACCGUCUGUCAUCUUUCUGUGCGAACUCGAGGCAAUUUGUCAUUCUUCAUAAAUAAGCAAGUGAAGUGUGUGGUGGUUGGCUCGCUGGUGACCACACACCGAACGUUCAGAGGUCUGCUACUAUUGAGCAGGAGUCCCCUGGCUAAACCCAUCAUAAAUCCAAGUUACGAUGACUUCUGUCCCAGACAUUUGCCUAUAGCUUCAGAAAGUGCUGCAUCAGAUAUGAACGAAUACAAUGAAGAUCAAAAGAGAGCCAUUGAGACAGCUUAUGCCAUGCUAAAGCAGCAUCCAGGGCUUCCCAAGAUCUGCCUCAUCCACGGACCACCUGGAACAGGGAAAUCAAAAACUAUUGUUGGACUUCUGUCUCGUGUUUUGAGAGAAAACACUAGGAGUUUGAAAACAACUCAAAAAGCAAAUUCCAAGAUCAAGCCAAACCGUUUUCUAGUUUGUGCACCAUCAAAUGCUGCUGUUGAUGAAGUCAUGAAAAAGAUCAUCGUUGCGUUUAAGGAAAAAUGCCAAAACAGACAGGAGCCUUUGGGAAAUUGUGGUGAUAUCAAAUUAGUGCGACUUGGUGCUGAAAAGGCAAUCAACAGUGAAGUCCGGGGAUUUAGCCUGGAUAAGCAAGUUGAACAUAGAAUGAAACGAAAGCCAGCUGACUCUGACCAGGAUAUUCAGAAGAAAAAAGAGGCUCUGGAUCAACGGCUGGACAUGCUGUCUCGUCAGCGUGCCAUGCACAGAUGUGAGAAGAGGGAGAGUCAAUUGUUAGAUGAUGAAAUCGGCAGACUUUCAAAAGAGAGACAACAGCUUGCUUCUCAACUAAAGGAGGUUCGGGGGCACUCUCAGAAAGUACAGGCGGAUAUCAUCUUGGAGUCCGACAUCAUCUGCUGCACACUGAGCACAAGUGGAGGAAGUCUGCUGGAAUCCGCUCUUUGGCGGCAAGGACUUGAUCCUUUCAGCUGUGUCAUUGUGGAUGAGGCAGGGCAGUCCUGUGAGGUUGAAACACUGAUUCCACUGAUCCAUCGCUGUAAUAAACUUGUCCUUGUUGGAGAUCCCAGACAGCUCCCUCCUACUGUAAAAUCAGUAAAAGCCCAGGAAUAUGGCUACGAUCAGUCCUUGAUGGCACGCCUGCACAGACACCUGGAGCAGCAAGUGCAGAAGAAUGUUUUACGAAGCCUGCCAGUUGUGCAGCUGACUGUGCAGUACAGGAUGCACCCUGACAUCUGCCUCUUCCCAUCCAAUUAUGUUUAUGGCAGGACUCUAAAGACUGACAAAGCAACAGAAGAGAACAGAUGUUCUUCAGAGUGGCCAUUCCAGCCCUACCUUAUUUUUGAUGUAGGAGACGGUCGUGAGGAGCGAGACAAUGACUCUUUUAGUAAUCCUCAGGAAGUGAAGCUGGUGAUGGAAUUAAUUAGAACAAUCAAAGAAAAAAGGAAGGAUCUGGGUCUUCGUCGUAUUGGAAUAAUUACGCCUUACAGUGCACAGAAAAAGAAAAUUCAAGAACAACUGGACAGAGUGUUUAAGAAUAACAGCCCAGGAGAAGUGGACACAGUGGAUGCGUUCCAGGGACGAGAGAAAGACUGCAUCAUAGUGACAUGCGUCCGGGCAAACAGUACUAAAGGGUCAAUUGGGUUUCUGGCAAGUCUUCAGCGUCUGAACGUUACAAUUACUCGAGCCAGAUUCAGCCUCUUCAUCCUUGGAAGACUGAAAACGCUCAUGGACAAUAAAGACUGGAAUGAGUUGAUUCAGGAUGCUCAGAAAAGAGGUGCCAUUAUCAAGACAUCAGAAAAAAGCUACAGGAAAGAUGCUGUUAAGAUUUUGAAGCUCAAGCCAACAGUACAGCCCCCAACCAAAGCAGGGACAAAGACAUCUUCUCUGGUGCAGGCUUGUUCUUCCAGUAGCAAGAGGGGUGAGCUUGCAAAUCCAAGAGAGGCCAGCAGCCCACGGGAACUCGCUGCUGGUGCUGGCCGUGCAGCGCCACAGGGAAGCAGAGGGCCCCAGCAGCCACAGGGGACUCAGGCUGCAGACUCCAGGAGAGGCAGUGCCUCCGCACCCGUGGAGGCUGCAGCGCUUCCUGCUGAUCAAGAGAAACCGCGGGACCCAAGGCUGGCAAGUAUGGCUAGUAGAACUGAAACAAAAGGGAAGGAGCAGGCCUCAAAAGACAGUAGUCGGUCAGCCCAGAGCAAUCCAGGAUCAACAUCACAGCAAGGCCUCGAUGUGUCCUCAGCCACCAGGGAUGGGAUUUCCAGAACAGAAACUUCUAAGAAGCCCCAGCAAACGAUGGGACAACGCGACGUGCCUUCCGCGUCGCCUUAUGCAGCUCGGCACAAGGGUGACUGGAGAGCUCCUGUAUCGAAAAGCAGUUCAAAAGCCCACAGUGAAGGAGGUCAAAGUAACAGCAGUAAGUGGAACAAAGACUAUCGUGUUUUAACGAGGAGAACAUCAGAGGAAUCGCCAGAGAACACAGAAUCAAACAGUGCCAAGCGAAGAAAGACCUCUCACUGACUCUAGUAUCAGCUCAUUACUGAAAAUCUAUUCCCAGAUUUCUGUCUAGCAAGGACUGUAUUUUAAAUUAUUUAGUGCACCUGGAACUCCCUUAUAUUGAUACCACUACUAUCAGUAGAUCAUCUUGUUCCCAUCCUGUCCCUAAUUGUGAAGGGGACUUUAUACCUGACUGUUGAUAGCUUUGAGCUUUUGAAAAGAAAAGCUGGCUAGCUGCAUUGCUUGGAAGAGCAAUGAAUUUUGUUGUCUAGGAAGUUAAGGUUGUAAAUGUUUAACGAUGUAUAUUUGUACAGUAUACAAAAUUAUUUUAAGAUUUAAUUUGGCAAAUAUAUAGCUUCUUGUUUCCUUGUGCAAAUGUGAAUUUCUUAGUGAUGUAACUUUUUUAUGAAGAACCAGAGCAAAGCAAAAAAAAAAGCAACCCCAAACAACAAACAAAACCUCCCCAAAAUUGAAAAAACAGCCAGCCUUCUUUUUCCCUUUGCACUAGUAACUCUAAUUUAUUUGAUAGGAAAGAGUGAAUGUUGAAAAUGUGGUAGCAGUGAUUCUUCCUCAUGCUCCACUAGUGCCUCAGGAAAGACUGAAGGCAGAUGUACAUUGAUUGAAUGGAGAGAAUUCUACUUAUUUUGUAUAUUUUAUUGCCUGUUUUUAUAGGAACAGAAGAGCUUUGGGUUAUACAGAUGUGCCUUGAGUUGUGCUCUCGCUGCUG